AUGAAAAUUACAAAAGGGAUUAUGAUAAUAUGUGAAAUUCAGGAUAUAAAUUAAUAAAACUAUUAACAUUCUGAGUAAUAUUAAUAUUAGAGGAGAAACUAUGCAAAUCAAUAAUUAUAAUCUUAUCCUACUAAUUAAAAUUAUAGGCAUAUAAAUAUAAUAAACAGAUUUAAAUACGGAAUACAAGAACAGCAAAUGAGUAAACCUUAAAAUAGGCAUCAUACAUUAUUACUAUUAGUAAUAAUAAUAAUAAUAUUAAAAAGGCAUAAUAAAAUAAUAAUGAAUUGAGAAGAAGGGAAGAAACUUUGAAUUAAUUUACAUAAGAAACCUUAUUUAGGAUAUAAUGA